AUGGACGUGGGCGCCGAGGUGGAAGUGCAGCUGGCCUCGCAGGCGUGGCGACGCGGCGUCGUCGUGGACCGCUACGCGAGCCCCACGGGCGCCGUGAUCGUCGUCAAGUUCGAGGACGGCAGCGUGGCCGAGCGCAUGGUGCCGGCCGACGCCGGCCAGAGCGCGCCCGACGUGCGCGUGCUCGUGGCCGGCCAGGGCGCGGCGCUCAAACUGGACGUGGACGACCUGACGCAGCUCAUCGAGCUGGACGAGACCACGAUCCUGUCGGCGCUCGAGACGCGCUUCUCGCGCAGCAAGAUCUACACCAACACGGGCGCCAUCCUGCUGGCCGUCAACCCGUUCCAGAAGAUCGCCGACGUGUACAGCACCGACACGCUGGCCAAGUACCUGCUCUCCUUCGAGGCGCGCAGCAGCUCGCUGCGCAACAAGGGCAGCGACCCCAUGCCGCCGCACAUCUACCAGGUGGCGGGCGAGGCCUACAAGGCCAUGAUGCUCGGGCUGAACGGCGUCAUGAGCGACCAGAGCAUCCUCGUGAGCGGCGAGAGCGGCAGCGGCAAGACCGAGAGCACCAAGUUCCUCAUGGAGUACCUGGCCCAGGCGGGCGCCAACAACCUCGCGGCCUCCGUGGCCGGCAAGAGUCCCGGCGGCAUCGCGGCCAAGGUGCUGCAGACCAACAUCCUGCUCGAGUCGUUCGGCAACGCGCGCACGCUGCGCAACGACAACUCGAGCCGCUUCGGCAAGUUCAUCAAGCUCCACUUCACGAGCGGCGGCCGACUCACGGGCGCCAGCAUCCAGACCUACUUGCUCGAGAAGGUGCGCCUCGUGUCGCAGUCCAAGGGCGAGCGCAACUACCACAUCUUCUACGAGAUGGCCAUCGGCGCGGACGCGGCGGCGCGCAAGCGCUGGUUCCUGGACCCGCCCAAGGGCCACAUGAUGCCGCCCGGAGACCACGGAGAGGUGACGGAGAGCAUGCGCCAGUUCCUGCACUACCGGUACUUGAACCAGAGCGAGUGCUACCAGCGGCGCGACGGCGUAGCCGACAACGACAUGUUCCGGCGCGUCAUGGACGCCAUGGACAUUGUCGGCUUCACUCCGACCGAGCGCGCAGGCAUUUUCGACAUUCUCGCGGCGCUCAUGCACAUUGGUAAUUUAUCUUUCGAGCACGACGAAAACAGCGACAGGUUAGGGCAGUCCAUGGGACCUGGAGCCGGCAAGUCCGACUUGGCACCCAGCUGCAUUUGGUCACGUGACGCGGCGGCUACGUUAAUGGCGGUGGAUGCUACCAAGCUCGAGCGCGCGCUGAGUGUGCGACGAAUCCGCGCUGGUACCGACUUCGUGAGUAUGAAGCUUUCGGCUGCUCAAGCUAAUAACGCGCGUGACGCGCUCGCGAAGGCGCUGUAUGGAAAACUGUUCGACUGGAUGGUGAACAAGAUCAACCACUUCCUCAAGAUGGACGACAGCCAGAAGGCCAAGGGCGGCCUGCAUUUUAUCGGCAUCUUGGAUAUCUUCGGCUUUGAAGUGUUCCCGAAGAACUCGUUCGAGCAACUAUGCAUCAACUUUGCGAACGAAACGCUGCAGCAGCAGUUCAACGACUACGUGUUUAAGGCGGAGCAGCGCGAGUACGAGUCGCAGGGCGUGGACUGGAAGUACAUCGAGUUCUGCGAUAACCAGGACUGUGUGAACCUUAUCUCGCAGCGACCGACCGGCAUUCUCUCGCUUAUCGAUGAGGAAUGCGUCAUGCCCAAGGGAAGUGAUACGACGCUGGCGUCGAAGCUUUAUCGUGCGUGUGGGAGCCAUCCGCGCUUUGAGGCGUCUCGGAUCCAGCGGGCGCGUGGUCUUUUCACGAUUGUACAUUACGCAGGCCACGUCGAGUACUCUUCCGAUGGAUUCCUGGAAAAGAACAAGGAUGUUCUCCACCAGGAAGCUGUGGAUAUGCUGGUGUAUUCUACGCGGGAGGGCAGCUUUACGCGUACGUUGUGUGAGGGCCUUGGUGGCUCUCGUGAACGUGCCAAGUCUUCCCCACGGCAGCGCGCACAAACCAGCAAGCACCGUGGCGCAAGUGUCGGUCUUCAGUUCAAGGAGCAGCUAACUACUUUGCUCGAGACGCUGCAGCAGACUAACCCUCACUACGUACGGUGUCUUAAGCCGAACGAGUUGUGCAAGGCUGGGAUUUACGAGCGUGAGCGUGUGAUGAAUCAAUUGCGUUGCAACGGUGUGAUGGAGGCUGUUCGCGUGGCAAGAGCGGGAUACCCGAUCCGACUACCGCACGACGAGUUCGUUGCUCGCUACUUCAGUCUCAGCAAGUCGAAGAACCCGCUGCUGGCGAAGAAGAAGGGAACUUCAUUCGGACUGCCCGACACGGACUCGGACGAAGGUCUGGCAGUCGUUAGCAGUGAGGCCAAGGAGCUGCUGAAGGGCCUGCUGGACGUGAUCCCAAAGGAGAACGACGCGAACCCGCAGGGAGCGUGCGAGCGACCUGACCAAGGCCAGUUUGCCACGAAAUGUAUAUCCGUGGGCAUCCAGAUGGGCUCGUCGAAGAUGUUUAUGAAGAAACCGACGUACGAGUUCCUCGAGGAUCUGCGCUCACAGCGCUUGCAUCGUCACAUGCUCAAGAUCUUCCAUGCCGUGUUGUGUGCCACCGCGCGUGCUCGAUAUCUGCGGUAUCGCCACGCCGUUCAGACCCUCCAGGUUCGAUUCCGGUACAAGAAGCAGCAGAAGUUGCGCCGUCGCCGUCAAAUUAUGAUGAUCCGAAGGAAAAAUGCGGGCAAGGUGCAGGGCUUCGUCCGGACGGUGGUGCAGCGGAAGAAGUAUGUGCGUUUUAUCAGUGUUGUGCGGAUGCUGCAGUGCCGCUACAGAUAUCGCCGAAGGAUGCGUAUCAAGCGCAUGGAGGCAGAUCGCGCCCGCAAGCUUGCAGGCUUGAAGCGAGAGAAGCAGAUGCAGGCCGUGACUCAGUACACGGAGAGCUCCACGGCUUCGUCCGACUCAUCGUCUCCGCGCUCGUUGACUUCCAACUCCAACGACAUUGAAGGCUCCGGGAUAUCGGACGUGUCGUCGGACUACUCCUCGGACGAUGUGUUUGCCUACAAGGACAACUUCCCCAAGCACAACCUGAACACAGUGGAUGAGCAGAGCAGCCAGCUGAUGCCUCGCGCCUCGCACCGCGUCUCCCUGCGCAAGUCCCAGUCCAUCGACUCCAUUACGCCGCUCGGCGGCUUCCGCGCCUCGCAUGCGCACAACGCUGGACUUCCCGGACACAACGGCCACAUGGUGCACACCCCUGGAUCAAGGUCACGCAUGCCGUCGCGCAAGUCGUCGUUCCGGAACACGCGCUCGUCCCGCGCUGUGGCGCUCCCGAGGCUUGAUGUGAUCCAGCACACGUCGUGGGUCAACGACGAAGACCGCUUCAGCUGCCAUAUCUGCAACAAGCGCUUCAACAUGUUCAAGCGCAAGCACCACUGCCGCGCGUGCGGCGAGGUCAUCUGCAACAGCUGCUCCCUGUAUCACCGGAUCCAGUCCCGGUCCAUGCGUGUAUGUGUGUCGUGUGUGGCGUUCCAUUCGCUGGACAGCCCGACAUCGGCCGGCUCAUCGGGCUUCCUGCGUCCCAGCACCCAGUCGUCGAACUCGAGCCGCAAGACGUCGAAUGGCUCGGCCCCGGACCGCAACCGCAGCAGCACGAUCAGCAGCGGCGUGUGGCUGAACCCGUGGCCCGAACCGCCCUACCCGGUGGACGAGGAGGAGCGUCUCGCCGUCCUGCGCGAACUCAACAUCCGCGAGCUCGGGCUGUCGGGCAAGUUCAACAUGUACUGCGAGGUGGCGGCCAAGACGAUGAAGUGCCCGAUCGCGUACGUGAGCAUCAUCGAGGACGAGGAGCAGCUGCUGGUGGCCAACAUCGGCAUGGCGCACACGACGCUGCCACGCGAGCUGUCGUUCUGCGCGCACACGAUCUGCCAGCCGAGCGUGCUCGUGGUGCUGGACACCAAGAACGACGAGCGGUUCCGCGAGAACCCCAUGGUCAAGGGCGACAAGGGCGCCGUCAAGAUCCGCUACUACGCCGGCGCGACCAUCUUCUCGCGCGACGGCCACGCGCUCGGCACGGUGGCCGUGCUGGACACCAAGCCGCGGCGCGAGGCGGACCAGGAGCACAUUGGCAUGUUGCAGCACCUGAGCUUCCUGGCGAGCGAGAAAAUGACGCAGAGCACCAUCCACGAAGAUAGCGAUAGCGAAUUUCUAUGA